AAGUGUAGCGUUUAGUAUUGUAACGUUAUCGAGUUAAAUUCACCGGCAUUCAUAUGUGCUUUCGGUUUAUAACUUUUUUUUAAACAAGAAGCCCUGCGACACGGAGACAAACUUAACGCAACAUGCAUGAAGAUUGAAACAGACUUGCAUCGUAGUUGCAGGACAAGCCGCAGCUUCUGAGCGGGGUAGAUGCAGGGAGGGAGGGAGUAAAACAGUCUUUGUGCUUCCCCUCCCCCUCAUCAAAGCAAAGGGGGAAAUGUCUCUUUCUAGAGGAGGGAAGAAGAAGAACCCAGGGCUCAAGCUCUCCAAAGAGGUCUUUGAUCAGCCCCCACCUGCAGCCGCAGCCCCCCCUCGAGAUCUGGAUUCCAAAGCCUGUGUUACCAUUGGAGAAAAGAACUUUGUUGUGAAGGCAGAUGACUUGGAGCAGAUUGGGGAGCUGGGUAGAGGAGCGUAUGGCGUGGUGGACAAGAUGAGACAUGUGCCCAGUGGGCUUAUCAUGGCCGUCAAGAGGAUCCGGGCCACAGUGAACACCCUGGAGCAGAAGAGACUGCUGAUGGACCUGGACAUCUCCAUGAGGACCGUGGACUGCUUCUUCACGGUCACCUUCUACGGCGCUCUCUUCAGAGAGGGUGACGUGUGGAUCUGCAUGGAGCUGAUGGACACGUCUCUGGAUAAGUUCUACAAGCAGGUGAUAGAUAAAGGCAUGACCAUCCCUGAAGACAUCCUGGGGAAGAUCACUGUAGCGAUCGUUAAGGCUUUGGAGCAUCUGCAUAACAAACUUUCAGUGAUACACCGAGAUGUGAAACCGUCCAACGUGCUGAUCAACACACAGGGCCAGGUGAAGAUGUGUGACUUUGGCAUCAGCGGCCACCUGGUGGACUCUGUGGCCAAGACCAUGGACGCCGGCUGCAAGCCCUACAUGGCGCCGGAACGGAUAAACCCCGACCUCAACCAGAAAGGCUACAGCGUCAAGUCAGACAUCUGGAGUCUAGGAAUCACAAUGAUUGAGCUGGCCAUUCUGAAGUUCCCCUAUGACUCGUGGGGUACACCCUUCCAGCAACUGAAGCAGGUAGUGGAUGAGCCCUCUCCACAGCUGCCCUCGGACCGCUUCUCCCCCGAGUUUGUGGACUUCAGCUCCCAGUGCUUGAGAAAGAAACCCAACGAGAGACCCGCCUACACAGAAUUAAUGCAACACCGCUUUUUCACCCUGCAUGACUCCAAAGAGACGGACGUAGCCAGCUUUGUCAAGAUCAUCCUGGCAGACUGACACGCCCCUCCACCCACCAGGGUAGGAGGUAGGGACUUCUCCACCCACCCACCAAUCCAAGGCCUUUCAGAAAGCUCACUGGAAUUGAUCUGCCACACAACUCCAACUUCCUGCCCCCCUACCUACUCCCACAGGGUUUCCCCAAAGACUGACUACAGCUCCCAGAGGCCACGUGGGAAAGCGCUUGUAAUAUGAACUCAAGAUGUUGAUGGUGUCCACCCAAACUGGAGACUCGCCCACAGGUCCAACAAACCUUUCCCUCCCUCUACUCCUACAAACUGAACUGAAUCAAACUCCUCACUGUACCAGUUUUCUGAUUUCUGAUUGGACCGUGUCUGUCAGCAGGAAGAGAAUCUCUCUUUACACAUACUGUAUGUCCAUCACUCUGAAUUACACAGAAAGUGAAAAAGAAUUUGGUGAAAUGUGUACGUCUCUGUAUAAUGAAUUGAAAAGAUAUAUAUUUUUCAUUUAUGCGUUUUUGUUUUUGUAAUACAGUUUGUAAUACUGUAUAUUUUCAUCAAAUAUGAAUUUAAGGGAGUGUCUUUACUCUUUCUGAAUCGUAUCAUGAGGGGAAGAGGUGACCUACAUUUCUCCUCUCGCCUUCUGGUGAUUGGUCAGUAAUGGGACGGCAGAUGCUGUCGUCGGGCAGGGUUUUGGGAGGCUCUGGAGGGGUCAGACGAAGUAAGUUUCUUUUGUAGGGGGAAGUUCAAAGGUGAAAGUGUGACUGGGGGCCCUGUACAAAAGGAAUUGCAAGUCCUACCUAGGUCUCUUUGGUGGCAUGGGAAUGCGAGGCAUCUGUUAUCAUCUGACCCUAUAUACAACCCCCUCACCCAUCUGUAUACACCCCUCUGCCCCGCCCCUUGCUGACUGCUCUGUCACCAAGAGUGUUGUGAAGAGUAUGUGAACAGUGUAUUCUCAUAUAGUACAUGGACUUGUAAUUGGGGGAAUGAUAAUCUAACUAUCCAGACUAUACUGUAUCUUCCAGUCCCUCUGAGCCAUUUUAAAAGCUGUAUUUUCAUGAUUAAUUAGGACUAUUAUCACUUGGUUUCCUGGAUGUGGUUGGGGGCUGCUGUUUGACCCAUUUUAACUUUUUAAUUUUAUAUUUUUCUCAAUUUCCUUUUCCCGAGUGCUGGACAGGAGCAUGUCAGUAUCGUGUUUCAUCCCCGAAGCACAGAGAGGUCUACGAAGCCUCAUGCCUUACACGUACAGUAUGUUAGGGGAAAUAAUUUGUGUGUUGAAGAUGUAAAUACUAUUUUGGACAACUUUUUCUCUUUUUAAAUGUAACGUUGGCAACGUGGCGGCAGAGUGGACGUGUAGUCGUGUGCUAUGCGGCUGAUUGAUGUGUACUCGUUGGUUUUAAUGCAGUCGGUGUGUGAGAGGCAAACGCAGCCCGCUGACUCCUCCUGUAAUCAUCUGUCUGUUUGAUCGAUCUGCUGCAGCCACCUCUCAGGUUUCAAUGCCCUGCUUUAAGUCAGCGGAGGCGGCCAUGUUUAUUUCCCCACCAUGUUGUACCUCUCUUCAGCGCUGGGUUGUGUUCAUUAGGCACCAAACGGAAGAAAACAAACAGUGAGGAACUACCUGGACUUGGUCCGAAUAAGAAACGCUAAUGUUCGGUUCCUCGUUGCAAAAUGCUAAACGCUUCCCGUUGCAUGCCCCAAUGAACGCAACCCUUUAUGGUGGAAGACUACUUAUGUGUGAGAUCAUGCUAGGCUGUGAAUGGGUACCUGCCAUCUAGGCUUGAAUCCCAAAUCGACCCCCUAAUCCCUAGACAAUCAUCUAGGUCUGAGACCGAUUUGGAGGUCUGAGCACUAUAACAAGGUGAAGCGAUCACCAUAUUGGUUAAAGUUUCCACUCCAUACUUUAUAGAAGUGCCCUAGGGAGUAGGGAGGCUCUGGGUUGAUCUGGAACUCAACCCUCUGGACUCUGCUAUGCAGUGGCCCUUUGAUCAGGACUAUGAGAAUCCUGCCAUGUGACCACCAGGGGUAGUGGUGACACAUGCCCUUAGUGUUUUUAGGGUGCGUCCAAAAGGAUGCCCUAUUUCCUAUCUCUUUCUAGGGAACCGGGUGCCAUUUCAGACGCAGCCCUGGUCUGUAACUGGUAAGCCUAUCCGGUCUUCUCUCAGCCUCUCUGACAUACAUUGUAGUGGGCUUCUUAUCAAAGUUGGUGGAUGAGGAGUAUUUAUAAUAUGUGCGUAAAGAAGGGAAAGCAAAUAAAGAGCUGCUGUGAUUUGACCUUUUUUCCCUUGUCGGCCAUCUUAAAAGUGGGCCACUGUAAUCCUCGGAAUAGUUCCGUUCCACUUUUUAGUUCCGUAAAGCAGACUAGAGCAGUGAACAACACAUUAGAACAUAGCUUGAUGUGCCUUUUGAUGGGCCCAUUCACAAUGUGUUCAUGGCUAUCCGACUGAAGGUGUUAGUUCUUUAUGGGUUACUUUGUAGUUUGUGAAGCUUAAGGAUCUAGAUGUGGAGCGGGACUAUUCCAAAUAGUACAGAGGCUCCUCAACACACUGAUUCCUUAUGUGUUGAGAAGAUUGAGUAAUACAGUGUGGAUGGAACUGUACAGGCUGACUGGGUGGAUGGAACUGUACAGGCUGAUGACUGGGUGGAUGGAACUGUACAGGCUGAUGACUGGGUGGAUGGAACUGUACAGGCUGAUGACUGGGUGGAUGGAACUGUACAGGGUGGAUGGAACUGUGCAGGCUGACUGGGUGGAUGACGGUGGAUGGAACUGUACAGGGUGGAUGGAACUGUACAGGGUGGAUGGAACUGUACAGGCUGAUGACUGGGUGGAUGGAACUGUACAGGGUGGAUGGAACUGUACAGGCUGAUGACUGGGUGGAUGGAACUGUACAGGGUGGAUGGAACUGUACAGGCUGAUGACUGGGUGGAUGGAACUGUACAGGGUGGAUGGAACUGUACAGGCUGAUGACUGGGUGGAUGGAACUGUACAGGGUGGAUGGAACUGUACAGGCUGAUGACUGGGUGGAUGGAACUGUACAGGGUGGAUGGAACUGUACAGGCUGAUGACUGGGUGGAUGGAACUGUACAGGGUGGAUGGAACUGUACAGGCUGAUGACAGGGUGGAUGGAACUGUACAGGCUGAUGACUGGGUGGAUGGAACUGUACAGGGUGGAUGGAACUGUACAGGCUGAUGACUGGGUGGAUGGAACUGUACAGGCUGAUGACUGGGUGGAUGGAACUGUACAGGUUGAUGACUGGGUGGAUGGAACUGUACAGGUUGGAUGGAACUGUGCAGGCUGAUGACUGGGUGGAUGGAACUGUACAGGUUGGAUGGAACUGUACAGGGUGGAUGGAACUGUACAGGCUGAUGACUGGGUGGAUGGAACUGUACAGGCUGAUGACUGGGUGGAUGGAACUGUGCAGGCUGAUGACUGGGUGGAUGGAACUGUACAGGUUGGAUGGAACUGUGUAGGCUGAUGACUGGGUGGAUGGAACUGUACAGGUUGGAUGGAACUGUGCAGGCUGAUGACUGGGUGGAUGGAACUGUACAGGUUGGAUGGAACUGUGCAGGCUGAUGACUGGGUGGAUGGAACUGUACAGGUUGGAUGGAACUGUACAGGCUGACAGGGUGGAUGGAACUGUACAGGGUGAUGACUGGGUGGAUGGAACUGUACAGGCUGAUGACUGGGUGGAUGGAACUGUACAGGCUGAUGACUGGGUGGAUGGAACUGUACAGGCUGAUGACUGGGUGGAUGGAACUGUACAGGCUGAUGACUGGGUGGAUGGAACUGUACAGGUUGGAUGGAACUGUGCAGGCUGAUGACUGGGUGGAUGGAACUGUACAGGUUGGAUGGAACUGUACAGGCUGACAGGGUGGAUGGAACUGUACAGGCUGAUGACUGGGUGGAUGGAACUGUACAGGCUGAUGACUGGGUGGAUGGAACUGUACAGGCUGAUGACUGGGUGGAUGGAACUGUACAGGGUGGAUGGAACUGUGCAGGCUGAUGACUGGGUGGAUGGAACUGUGCAGGCUGAUGACUGGGUGGAUGGAACUGUACAGGCUGAUGACUGGGUGGAUGGAACUGUACAGGCUGAUGACUGGGUGGAUGGAACUGUACAGGCUGAUGACUGGGUGGAUGGAACUGUACAUGCUGAUGACUGGGUGGAUGGAACUGUACAGGGUGGAUGGAACUGUACAGGCUGAUGACAGGGUGGAUGGAACUGAUGGUCUACCUCAUCACUCUACAUGCCACCACGUCAUUGGGUGGUUCUGACAAACUUGAACUGUGGGAAGACAAAAUAAAGGCUUUCUUCUUAAAUAAA